GGAGAGGAGGAAGGCGAUGACGCCUGCUAUGGUGGCCGUGCUACGGGAGUCCCUCAGGGAGGUGUGCAGCUUGGAGGAUGUGGAGCAGAGGAUGGGCAGGUUCAUGAGCGCCCACGCGUGCCAGGAGGUGCUCCUCAUGAUGUGCCAAAUUUGCAAGAACAUUGAUGAGAGAAGACUCAAGAUGAAAGCACAUUGCCCUAUCGCUACUGAUCUUAGGCUGAAAGAGAAUGCGACUAGAGUUUUCAUGUGUUACAAUCCAGAGUGGCUCAGGAUAGGCUUACAUGUUGUCCUUGGGGGUGAUGCCUUGGUACAGAGUGGAUCCUGGAAACUGGACAAGGAGCUGAAACUUCUUCUGGAGAAGCAAUUGUUUUGUCAAAACAUGCCUCCAAAAACUUCUGGGGUCAACAGAACAGGUUGUACUGAAGCAUCAGGCAACAUCAUACUGAAAAGAAUGUUUCUGCUUGUCGCUGCCCUAGACAGAGCGAAAAUGGAAAGUGCACUGCCUCUCAAAUCUGGAAUCGAUAGCCUUGAUGAUGGUGGAUCCCCUCCAUUGUUUUGUCACAAAGCCCACAUAAAAUCUAGCCGGCAAAUUGUUCAGGAGUCUUUGGCUGAGGCAAUGCAUGGAGAAGGUGAUCUCCUUAUGCAUCUAUCAACAAUGGGAUACAAACUGAAUUACGAGCAGCUUGCUCUGUCAGAGUAUGACUUCACUAUAAGAAAUUUAUUUGAAGAUCUCCAGGAUGGCAUAAUUCUUUGUAGGGUUGUUCAGCUCCUGCUUUCUGACGCAUCGAUUAUUUCGCGAGUGAUUGCUCCGUCAGAUACACAUAAAAAGAAAUUGCAAAAUUGCACCAUGGCUAUCCAGUAUAUCAAGCAAGCUGGGGUUCUAUUAUCUGAUGCAGAUGGAGUCAUAAUUUCAGCAGAAGACAUUGCUAAUGGCGACAAGGAACUAAUUCUUUCGUUGAUAUGGAAUAUCUUCAUUCGUAUGCAGUUACCCUUGCUGGUAAACAAAACUUCACUAGCUCGUGAAUUAUCCAGGUUAAAAGCACCGACACUGGAACAAUCAAUCUCUGAGACCAAGUCGCACAUGGGCUUACUUUACGAUUGGAUUCAGGUGGUAGGUGCAAAAUAUGGCAUAAGUGUGGAAAGUUCCUCUCAGAUUGACAGGAGAGCGCUGAACUAUUUAAUAAGUUACUAUUUGAACAUUAGCAUUCAUGGCUGUCCCCUGAAGGAAACAUUUUCUGAUUGUCGAAAGGAACUGUUCAGUUGCCACGAGCAAGAUACUUCCACUGAUAUCAUGAGCUUUCCAUCUAGGAAAAUAGGAAAAAUUCUUGGAGACUUUCUUCAGGGUUUUCCAGCUAGUGACAUCUUAGCCAAUGAUGUAUUAUUUGAUGAAAAGGGUGCAAUAGUUUUAACUGCACUCCUAUGUUCACAUCUGACUAAUGAUAAAAGAUUGGAGCAACUACGGAAUUUUAUAAAUGCGAGAUUGGACUACCAAAGCGUGCAGAAUAAAGUUUCUGCUGCAAUUAUAUCUCCAAGAAAGAAUGAUGUGAAGUAUCAACCCCCUCAGACAGAUAACACAGAUGAUUCAUGCAGGAGACAGGAGCGGGAUGCUACUACUAUACAAACUCAAAUCAGACAAAUGAUUGCAAAGAACAAAUAUCAUAAGCUUAAGACAUCAAUAUCUAUCCUGCAAGGUGCUAUAAGAGCUUGGUCAGCUGUUAACAUGAUAACCAAGUAUAGGUGUCUAGCAGCCACCCUCUCUACUCACUGGCGAUCAGAUGGAGACUACAGCAGAUAUUUUAAUUUCAUAUCAGAAAGGCAUAGAUUUGUUCGAAUGAGAAGAUCUGCCAUUGUGAUUCAGCAGGCUGUUAGGAUUUGGAUUAGGGAAAGGAAUAGGUCUGAGAACAUUGAGCUUUUUGAAAGCCAUGAAUUCUUGGAUACUACAGCUUCGUCGAAAAGCCAUUGCAUAGAAAUGUACCAUGGUGAGAUUGAAACCAUAGCUUGCAAGGAUGCGGGUGCCUCAAUAGCUUCUGCUGCCCCUCAAUGCCUUGAUGAGACGGAAUGUACAGACUCAACCACCAUUCUGCAGCUUGGCGACCAAUACAGUAACUAUGUAGCUCCUGCCAUUCAGCUCUGCAACAGUGGGCAUGAGUCUGUAGCGUCUCCUAGUCCUCAUAGCAAGAGCGGCUCCAUAAAUACUGUAACUAAGCACCUAUUUGAAGAUGAGACUGCAAACAUUGCAUCAGACACUGAACUUGUGUACAAGGAUGACGUGGACUGUGGAAGCAAUAUUUCUUGUGGAGCUUCAUUCCAGCAUGAACGGCCUGUAUCUGCCCAGCUCGAUUUCUUACUUUGCAAAGACGGAAUGGCUGCUCGAAAGAUACAGUUUGCAUAUAGAAGAUUUGUACAGGAUAGAUCCUCAAGAAUGUCUGCUGCAACUAAAAUUCAGAGCCACUGGCGUGGUUUCACCAUGCGGAUCUGUUUCAAAAGGCAAGUUGAAGCUACCAUUGCCAUCCAAUCUGUAAUAAGACAGAACUUGUGCAGCUGGGCUUUUCACCAGCAUCACGAUGCUGCAAUAGAAAUUCAGCGUAUUGCCAGAGGACAUUUCGCUAGAAAGAGGCUAUUGGGUUAUUUGCAGAGAUGGUGGAGAAAGGUUCUGUUUCUUGAAUCAAGGAAACGAGCUGUGACUGCUAUCCAGUCCCAUGUUCGUGGUUGGAUAGCACGACGUGCAUCUAUUAGAAAAAAGAAGUGUAUUACUAUUAUUCAGUCCUAUGUCAAAGCCUACCAUGUGAGGAAAGCUUCAAAGCAAGAAGUUGCUGAUAUAAGGUCUAGAAUACAGAAGACUUCCAAACAAGUUGAUGACGACAUGCGCCUCAGUAGGCUAAUUUCUGCACUGUCGCAUAUCACUGGCUGUAGGAGCAUCAGCAGCAUUCGACAAACCUGCACAAGAUUAAGGACUGCUACAGAGCAUUCUGAGAAGUGCUGUGAGACACUUGUCGGUGCUGGUGCUGUAGAUAUUCUGCUGAAGCAAAUCCCUAACCUGAACCGUGGGAUGCCUGACCAGGAAGUCUUGAAGCAAGUACUCUAUACACUGCAGAACAUCGCAAGAUUCCCAAAUCUUCGACCGAUUUUAGUGAACAACCCACAGUUGGUAACCACUAUCUUCCAGGAGCUUCUGAGGUAA